AUGGAGCAUCCAGUUCGCGAAAUAGCGUCCGUCAUCACGACGUUGACGACCGGCAGUGUCCAGGAGCAGCAGGACACCCUCACCAGCUUCUUCGUGCCACACGCCUCCUUCACUCACCCGCUCUGCCGCGUCCCGUCCUUCUCCAAGGGAACCGUCCCUCUGGCGCCCGGUCUCGAGUCCCGGUGGCUGCUGCUGUGCAUCUACAGAUGGUACCGGACGCUCAGUCCCAACAUAGAUAUCCACAUCGACUCUGCGGUGUUUGACCAGCGCUCCGGCCAGCUCUUCGUGUCGAUCCGCCAGACCUUUGCCAUCUGGUUCAUCCCCCUGUACAAGGCCCCCGUGAAGCUCACGACCGUCCUCAACCUCGAGCAGCACCCCGCGUCGGAGACGUCACCGUCGCGCAAUGGCAACACCGCCAGCAGCAACUCGCUGUCCGGCCCGGGCCAGGAGCGCCUGCGCUACUUCAUCGCCCACCAGGAGGACCUGUACCAGAUGAACGACCUCAUCCAGUUUGUGUGCCCGUGGCUCGGCCCGCUCCUGUGGUUCUUCUGGCAGCUCGUUAGCACCGGCCUGUGCGUCGCGGGAGCCGUCGUGCUGCUCCCGCUGUACCUCCUGCUGAACAAGGGGGCCAAGGCCAAGAAGGUGCAGUGA